AUGAGAACACUUCAUCCAUGGCUAAAACUUGCCACCUUCUGCUGCACUAAUUGCUUCCUUUUCAUGGCCUUUGCUUCUACUCCUUCACUGGCAGACUGUACCUUGAAUUUCACUUCACACCCUUACCUACCAAGUGGUGACUGCAUUGGUGACAAUGAGAAAGUUAUCUUGUGGGGUAUGAUAUCUUCACACCUUUGCUGUCGAAAUGCCCUGAAUGCCUUCGCUCAAGUUCUAUCAGUUCGAGCCAUUCAAACACCAGACAGUACCAUCUUCAUUGGGCAAGAUUCAUGGAAACAAUGCAAUUCUCCCUUUCCAACACAACAGUUGGUUUCCAUAGAAUCUUGUGGAUUCAGCAAUUUUUACUCUGGCAGUUCCAAGUGUACAAGUUUAUCUCUGUCACAAAUUCAAGGCAGUCCACCUUACCUGGAAGCAGUAAAAUUAUGUUCUAACUUGAGUUCUUCAUUUCAAAGCUCCUGCAGAAACUGCACUGAUGCCAUAGCAAGGGUAGCUUCGUUUCUAUUGCAAAUAUUUCAAGCGCAGACUAAUGGUACUGAAAGUGCAUUAUGUAAUUUAGCUGCUGUUCUGUCUGUUGCUGCUUCAAAUGCCACUGAGAGCUCUUUUGGUGCAAAUUUGUUUAGCUGCAUGUCUUCUUUAGAUGUUUUUGAUCCUGGCUACAUCAAACUCAAAAGGUCCCUGGAAAAAGCACUUAUUGCGCUCUCUGUAGCAGUCAUGGUGCUGUUUUUGAUCCUAUUCUUGGUAAAAUUUGUGGCCUUGAAGAAGGGAAAGAGCGAAAGAAAGCUUCCAAAACCAAUGCCACCAAAGGACAGCAAUGCCUGGUCUGGUCUCUACAGAUUUUCAAAGUCUGAGAUUGAGAAAGCUAUAAUCAUUAACAAUGUAAGGAAGAGUUUAGGCCAAGGGAGUGCCGGUGAAGUUUACGAAGGCAGGUUGCCUAGCGGUCAAAUUGUGGCCAUUAAGCAGAUAAAUAAAGGUAACUCUUUGGAUACUUUCGCUAGGGAAGUUGCAAGUCUUUCCCGGAUUCGACAUCCGAACCUCGUUUCUUUGCUUGGUUGCUGUAUCGAAGGUGAUAAGCAGUACUUGGUCUUGGAGUAUUGUCAUGCGGGGAAUCUUGCUCAGCAUCUCCUAAGGAAAGACCGCGUCUUAACAUGGGAUAGAAGAGUUAAGAUCCUAAGAGAUUGUGCACUUGGGCUGAGGUAUCUCCAUAGUUACAUUGAUGGAUGCAUUGUUCAUAGAGAUAUUAAGCUCACAAACAUCCUCUUAACUGAAGAUUUGGAUCCCAAACUCUCGGAUUUCGGGCUGGCAAAGAUGCUUGGAAUGGAGGAAAGCAAAGUAUUCACAGAUGUGAGAGGAACUAUAGGUUAUAUGGAUCCAGAAUACAUGACCAAUGCAAAGCUAACCUGUGCCAGUGACAUAUACAGCUUUGGCAUUGUAGCCUUGCAAAUUCUAUCUGGACAGAAAGUUAUCGAGUUGGAUCUCGAUGCCAGCGAACAACUUACACGAAAAGCAACGGAUGUGAGCAUGGGAAAACGUCCACUUACAGAUUUUGAAGAUCCGAGGCUUCAUGGGGAUCUCAACAGGAAGGAUUUCGAAUCCAUUUUGCAUAUUGCAGUACUUUGUGUUGCGAAAUCAAGUCGAGGCCGACCGCCUAUCGAUGUUGUUUUCGAUGAGUUAGAUAAAGCUUGGAAAAACACCGAAGCUGAAAUGAAAAUGAGGAAAGAAAUUGGUACAUCGGCAACGUAG